UCCGCGCAUCAAUCCCGCUAUAAAACUCCUAUCCUUGCGCUGAGACGGUGUGGUCUGGCUUCAAAUGGUCUCCACCCGAGAGUAUGGCGGAUGAGGAUCCUGGAAGAUGCAGAAUAGCUAUUCCGGAAUGCAGCGUCGUCCUAAGGAUCUCCAAAUGACGCUCGGAGGGGACGCGUGAUGCCUUAUAUGCUCGUCUUUGAAGGGACGCGAGGCGUUUUUUAUAACCUAAUAUGUACGCAAAUACUUCGGGCAGGCUUUUAAAAUAUUAUUUCUUCAAGCAGCUGUUGGGUUCCGGCUUUGGUAGGUGGUUAGAGAUGCCAUGAAGCCCGCGCAUUGGCUCUUUGUGCGUCUCUCUCUAUGGUGAGUGUUGCAACUCAGCCAUGGCUCCGCGUCUGCUCGACUUCUGCAAUAUUCAAGGCAAGUUUCCCGUCGCAUCUGAUCGGCUUGGACACUGUUAGCUGGUUGCAUUACGCGCGUCACGUCGGGUUCGGAUCCGUGCGCAAUGCGCGAAUAUAAGGUGGUGGUGCUCGGCAGCGGAGGGGUCGGGAAAUCCGCUCUCACUGUCCAGUUCGUGACCGGGACCUUCAUCGAGAAGUACGACCCGACUAUCGAAGACUUCUACCGCAAGGAGAUCGAGGUGGACUCGUCGCCGUCGGUGCUGGAGAUCCUGGACACGGCCGGUACGGAGCAGUUCGCGUCCAUGCGGGAUCUCUACAUCAAGAACGGCCAGGGCUUCAUCCUGGUCUACAGCAUGGUCAACCAGCAGAGCUUCCAAGAUAUAAAGCCCAUGAGAGAUCAGAUCAUCAGGGUGAAGAGGUAUGAGCGCGUGCCCGUGAUACUUGUGGGAAACAAGGUGGACCUGGACAAUGAGCGCGAGGUUUCAUCAAGCGAGGGUCAAGCUCUAGCUGAAGAAUGGGGCUGCCCGUUCAUGGAGACAUCGGCCAAGAGCAAAACCAUGGUGGACGAACUGUUCUCGGAGAUAGUCAGGCAGAUGGACUAUGCCUCUCAGCCGGAUAAGGAAGACCCGUGCUGCUCUUCCUGCAAUAUACAAUAACCCCACAAUCAGGAGCCACAUAAGGUUUUCAAAGGGUUACAAAAUGGAGCUCUUCACUAAAGUGGUGUCCUUACACGUCAUGCACACGUGAAUGGUGUCUACACACUAGACAAUCCUACAAAUUCAUUGAUUUCAAUUGGAAAGAUGCAUCGCAAAGACAUACCCAGCUAAAAUGGAACAUUCUCAGAAUGGAAAUGAAUAACGUUCUCAAAGCAUUAGCAUAGAACAUAAGAUGUAUUUAUAACGUUCUUAGAAGAUUAUUUUGUUAGCAGCCCAUUUAUUUCUUGGUUAAAAGAAUGUUAUAGAAAGCAUUAAGGGAACUGUCCAUUUUUUUGCAAUAAUUUUGCAAAACUUUAACUUGUGACUGUUCUCUGAACACACCGUAGAUAAAAGAGCGUAAGGGUUUGUGAAAGCGAUGUUGUGAUAUGCAAACAAAAUUAGGUUUUUACUAUCCAUUGAGCUCUAGAAAUUUCAAGUGAGGCGAAAUCCACUUCGCUGUUUUCCCACUUAUGAUCAGAUGUUUCCCCCAAAGCUUUGUCUAGUGUGUGAACGCCUUAAUUCAACACGAUUAUGAUAAAUGAAUACAAAAAAGAUACUGUAAAAAAGGUCAAAGGGGUUAAAAAAUGCACCAUACUUGGGUCUUUCUUUUCCCCGCAUGUUUUAAACACCUUCAUUCUAAGUUUGGCGCUGUUCGCGAUAGACUUGAUCGUGUCGGUUUCGCCAAUUAGUUUGCACAUAUAGAACCUGAUGUCUUAAAACUGCCAUUACUUUAAUAAAGAGCCCGAAUGAGCUAGUUUUGUUCUUCCAAACGGCCCGCUGUCAGCAAAGUGUGGCAUUUCCUCUGAGGGACUAUCAGACGUCGAGGUUUGAAAUGUUCAUGAGGGGAUCUAUGUGUGUGAGUGUACCGUUGCAGCAACGAGGGGCUUUACUUUGAGAGUUUGAGGGACAUUUUCUUUGAGAAAGCCAAACAGGAUGCUGAGAAGCACUUUUCUUUUGUAAUGUUGUGUCUGUUUUGAUUUGCGAAACUGCUGGGAAUAAUCAGCUGAUAAUGUUGUGGUUUUUAAUUAGCACCUUGAUAUAGAAUGUUGCAAAUACUGACUCAUGUAUUUUGUAAUAAUGUAGUUAAACAAUCAUGGGAUUUGCUUUAGAAUAGCUUUGGAUUUGUUGGGAACAGUAUUCGUCAUGAAACGCUAUCGACACUUUCCACAAAAAGAGUCCAAAUGUCCUGAUACUUUAAUUUGCAGCAAUACAUUAAUAAAGAACUAUUUAGAGAAAUUGUUAUAUUAACCUAGCAUUCAAAGUAGGUAGUUUUAAACACGUCAAAUUCAAACGGUUAUUCACACCUCAGAGUUCGUGACUAUAUUUCGGCAGUUAAAACCCACAAAACAUCUGCAGAAUUGAAAUUCCAUUAAAUGCGGAAAUUAUUUACAAUAUUUUAUACAUGUAAAAAUGAAUUGUAAUUAUUUGUAAUUAUGAAAUAAUAAUUAUUAAAUUCUAACAAAGCAGAGAUGGUGCCACCUAUAGGCAGAGCGUGCAAUUGCCUAGGGCAAGGAAACUUGGGUCCUGCAGGGCCACUGUCCUGCGAAGUUUAGCUCCAACCCCAAUCAAACACACUUGAACAAGCUAAUCAAUGUCUUCAAGUUCACUAGAAAGCUACAGGAAGGUGUGUUUAAUGGCAUCUCCAACAUGAAUUUUAGGCCUGGAUACAAAGUAGCUAGUUUUAAACACACAAAAUGUUUGUAGCGACCCUUCAAAAUAGUGAUUUAGGCCUGUUGUGCCUCUAGGUCUAGUGAAAAUCAUACAACAUCUGUUGAAUUGAUAUUCGUUUAAAUAUAGAAAAACAUUUUAUUUAUACAACACUAUCUCACAACCAAUUCGUACGUAUUUUACGAGGUGGCUUAUUCGUACGAAUUUGU